AGGCUCCAUGAUCAACUGAUGGACACACAGAAGCCCACUUGCUUUCUCUUUCACUGCUCUAUAUCCUGUCUUUUCUGGACAGGACUUCGGUUGUUUUGUGGACUUUCCCUGUGUUUUCCUCUUUGACUCAUCUCUGAGGUUAAAUAGAGUCUUAACCUUCGUCCCCCACGCCUCACCCUCUUGGAUCUGCUCUCCACCUUGGGAUUUUUUUCUUCUUCUUCUUUUUUCUCCAGCCUGAUCGCCUGCUCUCCUGUGUGCAUAUCAACUCUCUCCUUUUCCCCUGCUCUCCUUCUCCUUUUCCUCCCAUCUUCCACCGUUCCCUGUCUUCUUGUGUGUGUUUUUUGGGCUAUGCUCUCCUCACCCACUGUGAUUCUCCAGCCUUAUGGACUCCCUGUCUACCCACAGACAACCACAUGCUACCCCAGCAUAGUACAGGGAGGCCCCAAUCAGGAGGCUGGCCCCGGCAGCGGCGACCCCGCCCUGCCUCAGGUCUACGCCCCUCCUCCCUCCUACCCACCACCAGGUCAAGGUCCGCCAACAUCUGCGGGCAGACUGCCACCUCUUGACUUCACCUCUGCACACCCCAGUUCAGAGUACCCCGAACAUCCCCAACUCAGAGUGUAUCAGGGCCCUCAGCUUGACGGGGCGGACACUCUGACGUCCAGCAACACGGAGGAUGUGUUGGCCCCUGUGACCUCUGACCCCCAGUCUUUGAGCGUGUCCGUGUCAUCGGGGGGUGGAGCAGGAAGUGGAAGUGACGAGGAGGGGUCAGGUAAGGCCCAACCAAAACGCCUCCAUGUCUCCAACAUCCCGUUUCGCUUCAGAGACCCAGACCUGCGCCAGAUGUUUGGGCAAUUUGGGAAGAUCCUUGAUGUAGAAAUUAUCUUCAAUGAGAGGGGUUCUAAGGGCUUUGGGUUUGUCACCUUUGAGAGUGCAGCUGAGGCUGACAGAGCAAGAGAAAAGCUGAAUGGGACAAUUGUGGAGGGAAGAAAGAUCGAGGUUAAUAAUGCUACCGCAAGAGUCGUUACCAAGAAGCCCCAGACGCCUCUUGUGAACGGCGAAAUUUCAACUUCUGGAUGGAAGAUCAACCCCGUCAUGGGGGCAAUGUACGCACCUGAACUCUACACAGUUGCCAGCUUCCCGUAUCCCGUAGCAACUCCCACCUUGGCCUACCGGGGCUCUGCGCUGCGUGGUCGAGGCCGAGCCGUCUACAACACGAUUCGCUCUGCUGCAGCCACACCUGCUGCUGUCCCUGCCUACCCCGGGGUGGUAUAUCAGGAUGGACUGUAUGGAGCAGAAGUCUAUGGUGGCUAUCCUGCAGCUUACAGAGUGGCUCAGUCAGCGUCUGCUGCCACAGCAACCUACAGUGACGGAUACGGACGGGUCUACGCCACAGCUGCGGAUCCCUACCACCACUCAGUCGGACCAACAACGACAUAUGGAGUUGGUACAAUGGCCAGUUUGUACAGAGGAGGAUAUAACCGCUUCACCCCGUACUGAGCCGCCCACCAGGAGGCCCGACGGGGGACGUCUCUUACAAACUCUGGGAUUGGCUGAUCCAUGGAUGCUGCAGGACAGAUUGUGAGAUCCUUGGAAAUGUAAAAGUGGUUUUACUUCCUGCCUCCAUCACAAGCGCUCCUCGAGACAUUAAACAGACUGAAGUUGUAAAUAGUUUAGGACCCAUUUUCUGUCCAUCCUUCCGAUGACUACCUAGCACCUGGGAGAGGAUGUUGUGUAAUAUAUAGACAGUUGCUUAAAACUUUUAAAGGAGUAUUGUUUUAUGGAUUUAAAGAUGUUGGCUAACACUACAGGAGCUGGUGAAAUAUACUGUGAGAAUGAUUUUUUUUUUUUUUUUGAGUAAUAUAUGGGAUUUUUGAAGUUUCACGGGUCAAACUGUACAAAGACAGAAGUUUGUACAAUGUUUAAUGACUUAUUUUUGAUGACAGUUAUUUACUAAAUCUCUGUUUGAGUGUGUGUGUGAGUGUGCGUGUGUGUGUGAGCACAUGAGUAAGGUUACGCAUCAAGAUUGUUCAGUGGGGCUGUACUGAAUAGUUCAAAGCUUUGGAGCGUAUCAUUCGACUCCAACAUUUGACGGCUUUUUUUUUUUUGCGUGUCUGUUCACAGCUGCAGAUGAAGACUAGGCUGCAUAUAUUAUUAGUGUUAUACUAUUUGUAGAUCUAGUGGUGGCUGUGUAGCAGAGGUGUGGACUCGAUGUACAUGACUUGGACUCGAGUCAGACUUUAGUCACAGAUUUGAUGACUUUAGACUCAACUGGACAAAACCAGAAAAGACUUUCAACUUGACUUGAUAUUAACACUAAUGACUCGUAACCUCCCACUUGGACUUUUGCCUUUUGAGUUGAAAGUAGUUGAUACCUUUCACCUGUCCGAGAGCAUACAGUCAAGCUGUAGGAGAGAACCGUGAAGAAGACCUUAUGUCACGGAGCACCAGUUGAAGAAAUGGUACCAAAUAUAAUUUAAUUCUCGUACAAAAAACUACACAGUGGUCAACAAAAAACAAACAGCAGUAUGCCAAACGUAUAGGUCAAAAAUUACAGAUGGGAAUGGAACAACUUCCAGCUUCAUUCGUCACCUGAAACUGAAAUACUAACCUAGCUAGCUAGCUAGCUAGCUAAUGCUUAGCUAACGUUAUUACUCUGUUGGUAAAAUGGCAUCACAUAUGGUGAAAAGUGCCUUAUAUGACUUGUUUAGGAAGUUUAGGACUUGGGACUUGACUCAGGACUUGAGUGCAAAGACCUGAGACUUACCUGGGACUUGCAAAACAAUGACUUGGUCCCACCUCUGCUGUGUAGCAUUGUUUCUGACUCGUGUAAUCCAAACAUUUCUAGUAACACCAGAGCAAUGUAAAGUCCAAAAGUCUAAAAAAUACUGAAAAAUGACAUGUGUAAUAGCCUCCAAAAUUCACAGCAUAUUUUUAUCUAACAAAAUAUUCUCCUUCAGCACACAUUUGGUAGCGUAAAGCCUUUCAAAAACAACAUUUUCACUGUGGUCAACAAACAGUUUUCUCACCUUAAAGGAAGCACGAAUCGGUAUAACAGGGAGGUCAACCAGCAACCUAACAGCACCAUGAAUCACAUAAUAAAAAACAUGACAUCAUGAACAAAAUAUGAUGACAGACAUUUGAAGCUCCAUUGAAAAACCCUAAUAGAAGCUUUGAGAGUAAAACUAAGACUUUAGGUACAGCCCUGUUGUUCAGUUACCUGGUUGACAGAGAGACAGCUGUGACACUGCGAUCAUUAGUACAAACAGCAGAACUAAUGUUUGUCUGGAUGUAGUUGGAAUUUCAUUGUGUUGUUGUUGUUUUGCCUUUCUAACAAUCUACCUCUCAUACAUUUGUAGCUUAUACUACAGCUGUCAGUAUUAAUCCUGUUUCCUCUUCUGUGUUUGAGAUCUUUGGUUCUGCAGAGCUUUUUCUUACCUCCUCACUCCUCACUUCACUUCUGUUAGUUUCGGUUUUUGAGGCUCAGUACCUCACUACUGAUGAGCCUUCUCCUCGCACUCACCCAGGGAAGUUUUAUUUUUCUAAAGCUGCUUUAAACCCCCGUUUUACAUUCACACAGCUAUACACACGCUCAGCUGGGAGUUGCAGUAAGAAGCAGUCUUUUGCUGCCGGCUUUACAACACAAGCUGAGGAUUAAAGGCAGUAGAAUUUGAAUGUGUCAGGCCGGAGGCUGCUUCUUUCAUCAUUAACCUGCAGAUAAAACGGCUGGCUGUAUAAGAGUUCACAUAUUCUCUUCUAUUCAAACUUUCAUCUGAUGUUUCUUAUUUCGCUCUUUGCUGUCAUCUCUUCCUUGUUUUUUCUGUCUCCUUCCUCACUCAGAACAGCUGAAAGACUUCUUGACCUGUAUUGAUCAUUUCUUCUCUUUGUUUCUGUUGCACUCUUUUCCUGCUGUGUUUGAUGUUUACCUCUAAAUAAAACUGUUUUUCUCUCUUUU